UCUUCCCGCAGCAUACACAGGCGGAUGAUGCUCGCCGCCGGGGAAAGCCGGGCGGAGGGUCUCACCGUCGGCAUCGCGGCCGCCCUACCUCGUACUAUUGGUGGGUCCGCCACUGGAAUCAACCACGCCAUCGCCGCCCCCGGCCGGGAUCCGGAUCACCGGUUCACCACCACCGGCCAACGCCGCGUGACUCUACAGUACGACUACUCCACACUCCCCUCCUCCCACUCCCACCUCCGGAAACCCUGAUCUCCGGCAAGCCGCAAUGUCGCUCCACCAGCGGCCGCACCAGAAGCCGCCGGCCGCCGGCGACUCCCUCCCCGUCUCCUCCCCCUCAGCCACCUCCGCCAACGCCCCGUCCCGCCCGCUCCCGCUCCUCACGCUCCCCUACCUCUUCUCCCUCCUCGCGCUUCUCCUCUUCGCCGCCCUCCUCGUACCCUGGGGCCCCACUCGCCCCUCCUCAGUCCCCGCCUCCCCGUGGCGCGCCUACACGCUCCAGGAGGCCGCGGCCUUCGCCGCCGCCGCGGGCAACGGCACUGUCCUCCUCGCCGCGGUCUCUGGACCCUAUCACCCCUUCCUCUCCAACUGGCUCAUCAGCGUCCGCCGCGCCGGCCGCGCGGACCAGGUGCUCGUCAUCGCCGAGGACUACGAGACCCUCGACCGCAUCAACGCCGCCUGGCCCGGCCACGCCGUCCUCGUGCCCCCCGCACCCGACGCUCAGGCAGCCCACAAGUUUGGAUCCCAGGGGUUCUUCAACUUCACCUCGCGCCGGCCACGGCACCUGCUGCAGAUUCUUGAGCUGGGGUACAGUGUCAUGUACAACGAUGUCGACAUGGUGUGGCUCGCCGACCCGUUUCCCUACCUCGUCGGGGAUCACGAUGUGUACUUCAUGGAUGAUAUGACUCCUGUGAAGCCACUCGAUCAUUCACAUGAGCUGCCACCACCGGGAAAGAAAGGACGGACAUAUAUUUGCAGCUGCAUGAUCUUCCUCCGGCCAACAGAAGGUGCCAAACUGCUGUUAAGGAAGUGGAUCGAGGAGCUCAAGGAGCAGCCCUGGUCAAAGCAGAGGAAAUCAAAUGAUCAGCCAGCUUUCAACUGGGCUUUGAACAAGACUGCUGGGCAGGUUGAUGUGUACCUCUUGCCUCAGUCUGCAUUUCCAACUGGAGGCCUAUAUUUCAAGAAUAAAACAUGGGUCAAGGAGACGAAGGGCAAGCAUGUGAUUAUACAUAAUAACUACAUCACAGGGUUUGAGAAGAAGAUAAAACGGUUCCGUGAUCAUGGGCUGUGGUUGGUAGAUGAGCACAGCCACGAGUCACCGCUUGGUAGAAUAUGAUCUUGCUAUCACCAAGGUCCAAGGGGCUGAAGCACAUCUCUCCUCGCGGAAGCAUCACAAUUUUGUAACUGCAAUUUGACUCUCAAAGCCAGUUUCUGCCGAACCAAAUGUUGGAUAAUGUUCGAUCCACCACGCAAGAUGCAGCACUCAAAGAUAAGAUCCUUGUGCAGAAGAUAUUGGUUGCUAACAUCUUGUUUGAUCCGUAUGUCAAAAGCCCUUGUAUCCUUUCCCAUGAGGCCAUGAUGAUUAUUCUUUCGAUUGUAUUUGUUCUUAUUGAAAAUGGCAUGUUGAGGGGGAACAUUAAGACCUUUAGAGUGUCUGUACAUUGUUAAUUGGUAUCUUUUCAGCUAUAGGGGUUGAGUGAAACUAUAAACGGGUAUGGUCAAGUGUCAAGAUUUAAUUGGAUCUUCUUCUCUAUUAAUAAUACAUGCGCGGCAAAGUUCACAAA